GAUUCGUGUGUUUUUUUUUCAUCAGUAAAUUGAUUCGUGUGUAUAAUUCUAUUUUUAUCGCCGUUUUCGUGUUGCGUGCGUUUUCAUCAGAAGACGAAGACGAAGAAGAAGAAGAAGACGCGGCGGUUCAAAAGAUCUGGAAUUUCUUAAGGGUUAAAAUUCAAAUCAGCCAUGGAUUCUUCUCAUUACAAUCCUACCUACGAUCCAUGGAAUUCUCCUUACUCUCCUCAUCUUCAUCCUCCUUCUGCUCCUCUCCUUCCGCCGCCACCGCCGUUACCUCCUCCUCCUCCUCGUCAAUCUCAUCCUGAGAGCCCUAAUUUAUACGCUCGAUCAACCCAGAGCAAUGGUCAACGUCAAGAUUACCACCACCAAUACUCUCAUCAUCGUCAAGAUCUUCCGCCUAAUCCGGCGGUUAAUCAGCCUUCUUCAAACUACUACCAGCAUCAUCCGUCACCGCUCCAGCAACAGCAUCAGCAACCGCCGUUGCAGCAGCAGCAGCAUCCUCAAUACAUUCCUCAGCAAGUUAGUUAUGAGCCUCAAAGAAUAUCGCAGCCGUUGUCAUCGAGUAUUCAAUGUAAAGAAUCCAGAGAUAUAGCUCAGUCUGAUUGGGUUGGGUUCAAUGAAAAGCGACUUGAUUCAUGGACAGGGGAUGCUGCUCCGGGUCGAAUUGAUUCUGGUCCAAGCCGUAACUAUCAGUAUGACUACAGCCGCAACUUGUCGAGGGAGUCUUCAGGUGUUAAUCGUGGUUUAGAUGGUAGUUCUAGGUCUAGAGAUGAGUUUCGUAAUCUUGGAUAUGCUAGAAAAGAAUCUGGAGCCACUAGGACAGAGGGGAAUUAUCAAGCCCGUGGUCAGUUAAAAUCAGAAUCCGAUAGAUUUGUUAGGGGUUUAGAUGAGGGAAAUAGGGUUUUAUCUUCUAGUGUUGGCUAUGGCAGUGACAGAUAUGGUCUUACAGUAAGUCGAGAUGUGACUAGGUCAUCAGCAAGCCGUGAAGGGGCUAGAAACCAGAGGUGGGAUGAAGCACGUAAUGAAGGGAGGACUCUACAUCCCCAGAAAAAAGAUGAUUACUAUCAUUCUGAGAUUGAACAAUAUUUUGAUCGUGGAAGGAGAGAGGAGAGCAGUGAGUUGAAUCGAACACCUAGGAAACAAAUCCAGAAGAAGAGUGCUCUUCUAAGGCUUGAAACUCCAAGAUCCUAUCAAAACAGUAGAGAGAAUGAUUGGUCUCGGCAACAUAAUCAUCACAAUGGGAAAAGGUUAUACUCUAACUCAUACAGGGGUAAGGAACACAUGGGUCAUUCUGAUCGUGGACUGGUGGAGAAGCAAAGGGGGAGAAGUCCAGUGGACCUUGAUAUAUCAUUUAAAUCGAAUGCUCUGGUAGCUAAGCCCGUAGCAUCACCUACAAGUGCAGGUAUCCGUUCGGGCGCGUCUGUGACACCUAGGUCUAUUAAAGCUAGAAGAGCAUUGCUUUCUGAUAAAAAUGAGAAAGCUUCAGUAACUGAAAAAAAUGGAAAGCUGGGAACCCAGUUGUCAUUUGAGGAGGUUUCGGUUUCUGAGGGCUUCAGACGGUCUACAAGGCAAACUACUGCAUCUGAAAAACAACCUGACAGUCACUCAACCCCGUCUUCCAGUGAUUCCGCUGGCAAGCUAAACAAGGUCAGAUUUGUUCAAGACAGCAAAGUCAAACUUACUGAUACAGGUCCUGAAGCUUCAACUCAUGAUGCUGAAGCAAAAAUUCGUAGUCCUGUACAUGCUGCAGAAAAGAUCUCUAGUUUUUGUGAGACUUUGAAAGAGGCCAAGGAUGACAUUAAUGUCAAGCAUGGUAGCAAUAUGGAGGCUUGCUCCACUGAGGAAGGUGUUAUUGAUGGAAACCAAAGUACACUGAAGUCUCAUGAAGAUGUGUUGGACAGAACGAGCACUGAUUGUAAUGCGGGCGAAGCGCUUAUGCCGAAGGUCAUGGAGAUGGAUGAAAUCGUGAAGACAAAGGCAAAAAUCAAUAUAUCUCCUGGUAAAUUGCCUGUAUCAUGGCCAACAGCCGAUGAUCUUUCUGGGUGUUCUGAGGACAUGGAUUGUGAAGAUGACGACAUGGAUUGUAUACCAUCAAGGAAUAUACCAAUGAUGGAAGUAAGUACUGGGUUUGAAGAAAGAAAAUCCAUUAAUUCAUCUGAUGGAUCUUUGGGUUACGGAGGAAAGGAUUUUCAGAAGUUAUGUCUAGAUGCAUCCAUCUAUUUUAAUAGAGACGACCCUGGUGAUAAGGUGUUGGCGAAGUCAGAUAUCGGUGGUAUUGAAGAUGACAACAAGAGGAUUAAUAAGAAUCUAGAUUCCUUGUCUCCUGAAAAUGCCUCUCUGGACAUUGCUAAUGUUUCAUCGGAUCUUGCUAAUGCAAAUAAUAGUGCCUCAGGGGAUCUUGCUAAUGCUAACAGUUUUACCGUUGGGACAUAUAUUAAUACUAUGGCCACGUCACCUGGUAAGAGUGUAGUUUUCCAGAUGGAAAGUAAAAAUCUUCCUCACUGCAAAAACACAGUCAAUGCAGCUGUUGAGAAUGUUAGCGGAAAAGAAUACAUGGAAACUACGCCUCUUAAUGUUGCUGCAGAAAUGGCUGACAAUAUGGAUAGUGAUGAAGGUAAACAGACUUUUGUAAAUGACACUUCUUCAUCUCUGACAAAGGUUGGAGUAAAGGGAUCAUCAAAUGUGCUGUCUGUGGAGAGGACUGAUGGCUGUUCGCACAGUGAUGAAUCUGAUUUAGCUAUGGCAGUACCAUCUGAGGUGUGUAUGGAAAAUGUAAGCACCGAGAGACUUGUCCCUGAUGAGGUUUUGAAAUCUUAUCAUCCUGCAGAAAUUCCUUCUGUAGAUCAGUUUAGUGGUUCUGAUCGUAGAGGUUUGAAAGCUUAUUUAUUGGAGCCAAAUGUUUCUCUUAGCAAAGAUCUUACUGAUUGUGCGAGAGAGAGUCUUGUUGAGCGAGAUGUUAGCCAAAGAUCUGCCACAUUUUGUGAUAAAUUACCUAACUUGUCUGCGCUCGUAACUGAAACAAAUCUUGCAAUUGGAAUUAAUGGCAUGUCUGGUAAUGAAACGGUUACUGAUACUGUAUCUGGUCUCCACGAAAUUCAACCAUGUACAACAGUAUGCAAGUUGUCUCCUGAAGAUCGUUUUGGAUAUGGAUCAUCUGGUGUCAUUGGUUCUGUCCGGAGUCUCUUUAUAGAUAAAAAUCUUGAAAAGGAUCCUUCAAAGGUCAGUUCUUGCUUAGUAUCUGAUAGUUCUGUUGGUCCUUGUCAUAUUUCUCCCUUGGUGGCAGUGAAUGAGGAGAUACAAAACAAAAUAUGUAUCCAAGCUAACUGCAGUAAUUCUCAAGAUGACAUCAAGCAUAAGGAAAAUAAUUGUACUGAAAGCGUUGAGGUAGAUACUCAAGAAGAGAAAGCAAAGCUUCCUGGAGGAACUUCUAAGUCAAGAACUCGGGGUACUAAUAUUAUUGCUGGUAGUGGGGACUCUGUGUUAUUAUGUGAUUCUUUAUCCAGCUCAGGAAGGCGGAACUUCAGGCAGCUACGGAGUGAAGUUCAUGUUGCUGCUAUGGUUGAUGAAACUAGCAAAGGUGAAGAGAAAUCCAAGCCUUCUGGUGGUAUUGUUGCUGUUAGGAAAGAUUCAGUGUUUCCAUGUGAUUCUCUAUCCAGCUCGCCAAGGCUGUACAGACCGUUACGGAGUGAAAUUCACGUUGCUUCUAUGGUUGAUGAAACUAGCAAAUCUAAAGAGAAAACAGAGUCUUCUGGUGGAACUUCUAAGCACAGAACUCCGGAAACUGAUAUUGUUGCUGGUAGUGGGGAUUCCGUGUUUCCAUGUAAUUCUUUAUCAAGCUCACCAAGGCUGAGCUUCAGGCAGUUACGGAGUGAAAUUCAUGUUGCUGCUAUGGUUGAUGAAACCAACAGAGUUAAAGUGAGUCAAAAUGGAGAUAGUCUUUUAGAUACUUUACAAGAGCAAAUUAUGAGCUCCCAUGAGUUAACCCAGCCAGAUAGCUCUUUGGCGCAUUGUGAUUUAGUUAUGAAGCCAAUUGGUGAUCCAAUCGUGAAACUGACUGAUAUAACUUCUGAUGUGGGCUCUCAAGAAAAAGACUUGCGCAAUAGUGCUAAGACUGAUAUAUUUGAUGGCGAAGCAUUGUCAUCUGAUGGAAAAGUUUCUGGAACUGAAAUUCCUGGUGAUUCAGGUGUUCUUGUGUCCAGAUCAUACUCACAUGCAGAUGUUAAAUUUGCAUCGACCCAUGUUAAAGAGCAAGUAGUCUCUGUGCCACACCGGGAUCUUCAAAGUAAGACAUCUAUGAAUUCUAAGUAUGAAAUAGAAAAGAGGAAAAAGAAACCCAAUUACUCUACUCAGAAAAAUUAUCCCAGUUCCCUGCUUUUUGUGUCUGACACGAAGAAAGAUGCUAACCCUCCAAUUCAUAUCACAAAGCGUCACACUUGGCAUCGAAAGUCCGAUACUUCUCCCUCUUCUUUUGUAGCUGCCAAGCCUUUGUCUUCGACGUUGUCUACACAACAGAAGUUUCCCAAAGUGACUGCCCAAUCUAGUAAUAGUUACGUACGUAAAGGGAAUAGUCUUCUUCGAAAACCCUCACAGUCUCCUGGUACUGCCCUGGGAAUGCCUCCAUCUGCUAUCCAGUUGAACCAUUUCACUGUGGAAGACAAAAGCACGGGACCUUCCAAUAUGGUUGAUGUAGAUAAUGCUUCUUCACUUGUUAAAACAGGGGAAAUACCUACUCUUGAGAGGCAGUCAAAGCCUCCCUCAGACAGCAGCACUUCCAAAGUAUCAAAUGCCAUCGCUACUUCGUCAGGAAAAUGUGUGUUAUCUUACAGCACGGAUCAUCUCACCACCGGUUUACCUGAGUCUAUCAUGGAUUCUGCUACAUCUGGAGAAGCUAAUUUUCCACAUUCUGGUGGGGAUACAUUGAAGACAUUUGAUACACUAAUUCAGAUGGGUUACGCUUCAGAUUGCCAGCAGAAGAGAAAUCCGUCUGACUUGGAUUCUGCGAAUUUGAAGAGAAUGGUAUAUGUCAAGAGAAAGGCAAAUCAGUUGGUUGCAGCUUCAGAUAUUCAUGGUGUAAGUCAGAACCAGAUUCCUUCCUCUGAUGGGUACUUUAAGCGAAGUAAAAAUCAGCUAGUAAGGAAUUCAGAGAGCCGUUGCAAUCAGUCAAUUUCCUUACCUGAUGAUGCAUUAGAUACACGAUCAGCUGCAAACAUAGUUUCGGAAAGAUCAUCUAGCUCAGCAUUCUCUGACUCUGCUGUCAUGCGACCAUUUAAGCAAUCAAAGUUUUCUCUGGUUUGGACGCAAAAUGAUCCGCAGCCAAGAAUGCCCAUAGCUCACAUGCGAUAUCAGAAUAUUUUGCCGCAACUUGUUCCCUGGAAAAGAGUGACAUACUGGAGAAGAUUAAUGAAUUCAGUGUCUGCUUUCCGAAAUGGUUCUUUUCCCAACAUUAGCCGAAAGUUGUCAAUGAUGAGGAAGAGACAUACAGUUUACACAAGAUCAACUAAUGGGUAUUCCCUCAGAAAAUCUAAGGUUUUAAGUGUUGGUGGGUCGCAUUUAAAAUGGUCCAAGUCCAUUGAGAGAGACUCGAGAAAAGCUAAUGAGGAGGCCACAUUGGCUGUGGCUGCAUUCUCAAAGAAAGAAAGUGAAAAGCAUUCUGGACAAAAUAAUAAUAGUAUGGCGAGCAGAAACCAUCUGGCACGGGAGCGCGUUUUCAGGUUUGGCUCCCUUCGUUAUAAAAUGGACUCUUCAAGACGAACUCUUCAGAGAAUAUCUGAUGUUGAUUCACCGUGCUCUGGACCUUCUGAAAAUGGGAAGGGUGUGAAAAUACCGAUUAUCCCAAAGAGAUUGGUGAUCGGCAAUGAAGAAUAUGUUCGGUUCGGAAAUGGUAACCAGCUUGUCAGAGAUCCAAAGAAACGAACUCGUGUGUUGGCAAAUGAGAAAGUGAGAUGGAGCCUGCACAAUGUCCGGUUGCGGUUGGCUAAAAAGAAGAAGUACUGCCAGUUUUUCACAAGAUUUGGGAAAUGCAACAAAGAUGACGGAAAAUGUCCCUAUGUUCAUGACCCCUCGAAAAUUGCUGUUUGCACCAAAUUUUUGAAUGGAUUGUGUGCCAAUGCAAAUUGCAAAUUGACUCACAAGGUCAUUCCAGAAAGGAUGCCUGAUUGUUCUUAUUAUCUGCAAGGCCUAUGCAACAAUGAGGCAUGUCCAUAUAGGCAUGUGCAUGUCAAUCCGAGCGCCCCUAUAUGUGAUGGGUUUUUAAAGGGAUACUGUUCCGAUGGAGACGAGUGUCGGAAGAAGCAUUCCUACAACUGCCCGGUUUUCGAAGCCACUGGAUCAUGCUCUCAAGGAUCAAAAUGCAAGCUCCACCACCCCAAGAACCAAAGCAAAGGAAGAAAGAGAAAAAGACCAAGCGAACCAUCACAGAAAAAUGCCCGUGGGCGUUACUUUAGUUCACUUCACAACAUCCUUUCCGAGUCUGAGCCAAUGGUAUUCAAUAGGCGUUCUACUGACAGUGAAGUUUUUGGAAUGGAAGGCCUCGAUUUUAUAACCCUUGGCACUACUGAGUAUGAAGCCAGUGAUGACAAUGAUCCAGCCACCGUGCAAUCUAUCUCCAGUGACAGCGAAUCACCGAUUUCAAUAUACAAUCUAAUCACACCAGUAGCUCUAAUGCAGUAAGAAGCAUCAGUUUGUUUUGGUGAGUACAAAGGUAAGAUCAAGGGGAUUCAGAUUCGUCACAUUCGAGGAUGAGAAAUCCAUGAUGUGAUUGUGGGAAUGGACGGACAAGAGCUCAAUGGU